AUGGACGUGCGACCUCUCGAAGGUAGUGCGCGAGUAUCCAAGUGGCCUGUCGUUGUCACCACAACCGUAGAAGAAGAGAUACUACUCGAGUCACUCAGAGAUCCCGCAUUGGUCCUGGUUGGCAAGACGGACUUGUCCCUGUUAAUCACCGAUGUCAAGAGCACUGCCAUCAAAACCUUCCAAUCUCCGUUUGUCUUUGAUGAUUUCAUGGAGUCCUGCGAAGCUCUGGAGACCUUCAUGAGCGCACGUGUCUCGUCAAAAGAUCUAUCACAAGAGUUUUUCGUCAUUCUAGACGAGUAUACGAAGGGAAAAAAGCCAACGUGCCAGAUUGCUAUCGAUGGUAGGGGUAUUGAAGAUAUCAACGAGAUGCAGUUCUCCUUCCGAUGCGACCUUUCAUCUGUUCACGAAGCCCUCAAUGCAGUCGAGUCAGUUCCGACAGAUCUUUCGCUUGCAAUCCGCCUUCGAAGGAAUGAGGCCGUGAUGGUUGGUGGUGUCUGGAGCUCUGGAGCAGUCACACGCCUCGAAGCAAUGCCAAACCACCUGGGGACUGAACAACCCAAAGGCCUCAAGCAGCGGGACGAUGUUGGUAGCUCCAUUGGUACCGAUCGAGAUGCUCCUUACUGCCCUAUCUUUUUGACGGCGACGAUAAGUUUCAAGACACUGAAAGAUUUCGUCCGUCAGGCAUAUGAUCAGGACUGGGGAACAGACGAGGACUGCACAGUUGGACCGGCAAUGGCUUUUGUCACGUCAAUAGACAAGCCACCGUUUUGCUCGGGCAAGGCAAGUCAACUGAUGGAAGUCAUGCCCGAGACAGCUUCGAGUGUCAUUGGCAUGACGGCCGGAGAAUGCAAUGCUGUCGCCAGUGGAAAGUUUGCGACCAUUGAGUCGAACUUAGAUCACAACAUGUUUAUUGUUCUGGAUGAAUACACGGAGAAAGACCGGACGGUGAUUGUGGCUACCAAUGCUGAGCAAGAUGGGCAGUUGUUACUAAUGAGAUGCUCUUUUGAGUCAGCUCUGUUGAGUCUGGUUGCGAUCUCAGACACCUGCUUGACAAUUGAUAGUCAGUGCAACAACGCGAAUACAGAUGGCGAUGGCGUCGUGCGCACAUAG